AAUAUAAGACUACGCUGUGGGAUGGGCAAAUUUUGUUGAUCACCGAUCGUAUCAUCAGAUUUUGUUGCGGACGACAACUACAGUUCCAGGUCCUGAUUAAGCCCAGAUGUAUUUUACAAGCAUUCUUUCAUAAUAUCUCAACAAUAUGUUCGGAAGAGGGAAGAAAAGCAGUGGUCCACCAAAGUCUGAUCAAGUUCGAAAGCCAGCGCCACAGGCUACUGACAUGUUUGGCAUGCCUGACCUUUCAGCCUAUGCUGUCAAAGAGGAUUUUGAUGUGUCCAACGAGGCAUUGGAAGCCGAACUAGCUGCCCUGCUUGAAGAGGAAGACGAUGCCCCAAAGAUGACCAGGCAACGUAGACCAGCUCCUGCCCAGCCAACUAAGUCGGCUGAUCCCAUGAGGCGGAUUGAUGCAAUGGCGGCAGAAGCCCUGAGGGACACUGACGAUGAUCCUGAUGAUGAUGAUGAUGAGGAGGAGGAGGAUGAGGAUCUUCUUCUGGCAGAGCUUGCCGAUAUCACACAGGAGUCGUCAGAGACCCUCACCCCUCCCAGCACCCAACAGAAAAAGGCGCCAAGUCCGACUCCAAGCCCAAAGAUGACAACUAGACCUACUCCACAGCCUAGGCCUGCUUCACAGUCUGCUCCAGCCCCAGGGCUAAGGCCAGGUCCCUCUAAUGUCAACCGGAGUCCCUCACCAGCUCGGAAACCAGCUCCUGGUCCUGUAGCUCCAAGUCCUGCCCAAACACAGGAACCAUCUGAGCCGGCAGACAUCAAUACUAUGCUCCAGCAGCGUGCGCAGUCUUAUCAGCAGGCCAUUGCUGCCGCUGAGGCAGCGGGCGAGAGUUCAAAGGUCAGGAGGUACAAGCGUCAGCUCAAGACACUACAAGAUAUGCUGAGGAAGGUAAAGCUGGGUAAACCCAUCGAUAAGGACGAGAUUCCCCCGGAGGUUUGCGUACCCAAACCAGCUGCAGAUCAGCAACCUCCUCCCCAGGAGAAGCAGCCAGUGCCCGAAGCAGCUCCAGUAGCAGCAGUGUCUCAGCCAACCUCUCCCCCAGCAGUGCAACCAGACACCGCACAAAGUGAGAGUGCAGAUGCUGAUCAGCUGAAGUUGAUAGGUGUGAGGAGAAACCAGUACAAAAUGGCCGCCCUUCUUGCCAAGCGAUCAGGUGACAUGAAGACUGCCACAGAACAUCUCAAGGUUUCCAAGCAAUUAGAUCUGGUUAUCAAAGCCUUAGAAGCAGGUCAGCAGGUUGACCUCAGUGAGAUGCCUGGUCCUCCUUCCCAACUAGCACCAGCAGCUCCAGCUCCACAACCUCGGGCUCCUGCUCCAACAGCUCCUGGUCCUUCAAUGCCUCCUGGUCCUGGUCCAUCAAUGGCUCCUGGUCCUGGUCCAUCAGCAGCUCCUAGACCAGGACCAUUAGCAAGCUCCGAGGAGGAGCAUCCUACUCCCAAGACGGAUCUUGAGGCCAUGCUUCAGAGGAGGGGGGUGUAUAAGAGCAUGGCUGACAAGGCAAAGGAAGAGAAUAACGACUCCAAAACUCGUAGGAUAGGUCGCAUUGUCAAGCAAUACGAGGAUGCCAUCAGAAAGCAAAAGUUAGGCAAGCCAGUUGAUCUGUCCGAGCUGCCUAGCCUUCCAGCAUUCCCACCCUUCCCAUCACAAUCUGGCGGCCAGGCUGCCCCAUCAGUAACCCAAGCAGCUGCCCCAGUAGCACCUCCGGCAACUGCAGCCCCUGUAGUAUCAGCUGCAGCGGGGGCUAGUGCCCCUCCUGCCAGGACGGCUGGACAAGCGACCCAACCAGCUGCUUCAAGACCUCCGGCGCCUACAAGACAAAUGUCAGCUAAAGAGAACAUGUACCAGCGGAACGUUGCCAUCUUGAAAGACAGGAUAGCACAGUUUAAAAUGCUAGCAUUGGAAGCAAAAAGGAGGGGGGACAUAUACGAGGCUAAACGAUUACUCAAGAUAUCUAAGGAAAUCGAGCCAAUGUUGACUGCUGCUGAAGGCGGCCUGCCUGUAAACCUUGACUCGAUACCGAAGCUUCCUCGCAAGGAGCCUGAAGCGGUCUCGCCUCCGACAUCACCGGAGCCCGACGGAGAUUUUGAAAUGGUUGCUGAUGGCAGUGCAGAGGAGGUCUAUAGAAGAAUGAUAGCCACCUUGAAUAAACAAAUUGAGUUAUGUGAAGCAAACGCAAAGGUGUAUGGGAAACUGGGCAAUAUCAAAUCAGCUAAGAGGUUUCAAGAAUUCAAAGACUCAUGUCAACAAGACAUAGAUUUACUGAUCUCAAAGCAGUCUAGAGGGGAAGCCAUCCCGAGACACCAUUAUGAACAACGAACACUGCCCUCUGUCAGGGUCUGUCCAGAUGUUAAAGAGAAUGAGGCUGAGAUAAUCAUUGUACAGGGAUUGCAACUACAUUGCCCUAAUGAGAAAGAUUCAAAAGACAUAGACACCUACAUAAAGGCAGAAUUCCCAUACCCUUCAGACGAUCCUCCGACCCACAAGACAGGUUGGGCGAAGGGAGCGGACAAUCCUCAAUACAACUCAAGCUGCAUGGUAGAGAUCAACCGUAGCUCUAGAGUUUUCAACUCCGCUGUCAAGAGGAAAGCACUCAAACUGGAAAUCAUCUACAGCAAAGGCUUAUUACGCGGUCACAAGACGCUAGGAACUGCCAGCCUCAAACUUGCUGAAUUGGAGAACAAAUGUGAGCUUCAUGAAUCCAUACCGUUGAUGGAUGGAAGGAGAGAAAUUGGCGGGAAAAUAGAAGUAAAAAUUCGCCUUCAUCAUCCUCUGUCUGGGCUGAAGGAAGAUUUUGUGAAGGAAAAAUGGCUCAUCAUUGACAGUGUUCAUAAGAAAACAAAGGUAUCCAGUCCUCCUGCUGCAGCUUCAAAGAAAGCAUCCUCAUCCUCAGCCAGUGGAAGUUCAUCUGGAAGUGGGCACAGAACGUCCGCUACUGAUAGCAUUGAAAUACUUAAGUGGGAGAUUGGAACACUCAAGAAAAAGAUUGCUGACAUGCAAGCACACAAGCAGCAAGUCCCUAAUGAAUUUGCUAUGAGCUACAGAACACUUCAAGAAAGAUUACAGAAACUACAGAUAUUCCUGAAGGAAGGAGGAUCGCAAGCUAGAAAUGCAUAUUUAACAAGGAUACAAGCCCUGUCACCAAGCUUGCUAGCCCAGGUCAAGGAAGCUCUCCAAGCAGGACAGAAGGAGAAGGCUUCCAUGUUCAUGACCAGGAGGAAACUUGUCGAUGCUGAAAUUGCAUCAUUAUCAAGGAGAUAAGAGCUUUCAGGGUCAACCCAAGUGCCAUCUUUAGAUGUAAAAUAUGUAGAAGAUUGACAUGGAUACCUGUGGAACUGAGAGAGAGAGAGACCAGGGACCGGUUUGAUAAAUAGUUACAAUUAUGGCAACUUUAACCAUUAUUGUAACUACCAUGGAUUUCUUGAUUGCGAUUGGCUGUUGAGCCCCGUUACCAUGGUAUUUGCCAUGAUGGCAAAUUAACAUAUUUGUAAGUUUUUAUGUAGCUGGCCCCAGGACUCCAAAACACAAAGGUUUCCAAUGGAUUGUAAAUGGUGUAUGAAAGAACAGUUUUGAUUGGUCCUUGUCAGUGCUUUCGAAAAGGAUGCUCAUGCAAGGCUGAUCUUGAUUGGUCAAUGCAACAUAGCGAGUGAUUAUAAGCCUUUGCAUUGCAGAGCCCAGAUGGUGUUGAUCAAUAAUUAUCUGUUGUAUGUGAUGAUUUUUACUUGCAUUUUUUGUAAGAAAUUUAGAUAGGUAACAAUGCUCCAUCUUGUACAAUGUAUAUUCUGGUGUAAAGCAUUGAUAUUCCUUUUAUCCUUGGCCCCGUCUCACAAUGAGUUACGAUUGAUCCGAUCAAUCGCAACUUUAUGAAAAUCCAUCAGUGUCAUAAUUUUUUCUAAAGGAAAUGUGCAAAAUGUCCUUUAUAAACAAAGGAGAACGCACCGAAAUGUCAAGAAAUCAAUGAAUUUAUGGAUAUACAUUCAUAUCUAGAAAUUUUUUGAACAAACAUGCAUUUUAAAUGUUGACUUUGCUGGCUUUCCAUAGUUGCGAUUGAUCGGAUCAAUCGCAAGUCUUUGUAAGGCGGGCCCCAGAUAACAUAGUUCAGAUAAUAUAUUUAUUAGGAACAUAAUUGUUUUAUAAGCAAUAAAAUAAAUCUUAAAAAUAAACUUAAUACACCUCGUAACGUAAAUACGCCAUAUAUGUAAAGGUACGUCCCAUUUUGAAAAUACAACAUUUUACUUGUGUAUUAUUUUGUACGACAUGUAUGUCAAAAAUAUAUAUUAUUAUAUUAGUUGUUACUAACAUCAAUCAUGAAUUCAAUAUGGUUGCCAAAGAUUGAAGAUGUGUAUUUAUGUCAUGUAAGAGAGUUUAUUUAUUGUACCUACUUGUCUGGCUUAAUGAGAUAACUUAUAUUACAUGUACAUUACUAUAAUGUUAUUCGCUCGAAGAGUUUAUAUAAAAUGAAAAAUAUUCUAAUAUUCUAAUAGCAAGUGAAGACUAAUUUAUGAAAUCAAAUAUAAAAUUUAUGUAGAUUCAAAAUGUAUAAUCAGAAUAUAGUUGUAUGUACCUGGGUAUUUAAUUGAAUUAAAUUGAUUUUAUUGUCCGAUAAAUGAUACGUUUCUUACUAGUAACAAACAGGGGUACAAAUCACAUAAAAUAAUAUAUCAGAGGCCAAUUUUAGAGAGGACUUAUAAUUAUGGAGCACCAUUUCUUUUUUUAAUCUCGAAGUGACAGGUCGCAUUUGGUUCUGUAAGGAAUUUAUAUAUUUUGCUCUAAUUUUCAUUUAAUUUUUGGCACAUUUUUGUCUCACCUGCAUAGCAGAGUGAGACUAUAGGCGCCGCUUUUCCGACGGCGGCGGCGACGGCGACGGCGGCGGCGGCGGCGGCGGCGACGGCGGCGGCGGCGUCAACACCAAAUCUUAACCUGAGGUUAAGUUUUUGAAAUGACAGCAUAACUUAGAAAGUAUAUGGACCUAGUUCAUGAAACUUGGCCAUAAGGUUAAUCAAGUAUCACUGAACAUCCUGCAUGAGUUUCACGUCACAUGACCAAGGUCAAAGGUCAUUUAGGGUCAAUGAACUUUGGCCGAAUUGGGGGUAUCUGUUGAAUUACCAUCAUAACUUUGAAAGUUUAUUUAUCUGAUUCAUGAAACUUGGACAUAAUAGUAAUCAAGUAUUACUGAACAUCCUGUGCAAGUUUCAGGUCACAUGAUCAAGGUCAAAGGUCAUUUAGGGUCAAUGAACUUUGGCCAAAUUGGGGUAUUUGUUGAAUUACAGCCAUAAAUUUGAAAGUGUGUUGGUCUAGUUCAUAAAACUUGGACAUAAUAGUAAUCAAGUAUCACUGAACAUCCUGUGCGAGUUUCAGGUCACAUGAUCAAGGUCAAAGGUCAUGUAAGGUCAAAGAACUUUGGCCAUGUUGGGGGUAUUUGUUGAAUUGCCAUCAUAUCUCUAUAAGUGUAUUGGUCUAGUUCAUAAAACGUGGAAAUAAGAGUAACCAAGUAUCACUGAACAUCUUGUGCGAGUUAUAGUAGUUUUCAAAAUCAGCACUGCUGCUAUAUUGAAUCGUGUGAUGCAGGUGAGACGGCCAGAGGCAUUCCACUUGUUAAUAGAAUACAAGGAAUCAUAUGAAUUGGAAGUUUUGUAGAAUUUCAAAGAAUUCAUGUAUAAUCUUAUUCCAACGUUGGAUGCAUCCCUCCCCACUCAUAAUCAGUAUUUUUUGGUUGGAAAAAAAAAUGUGAUUGAACAGAAAAAAAAAUGGUAAUUAACAUCUGCAUAAAUCAUCUUACGGUUGGGAGAAUACUCAUCAAGACACUUUUGGCCUACCAUAACCCAGUUAUGCACAACUUUACAAACGGGGUUAUGAUCACUCCCCCCCCCCCCCCCCCCGCCCCUUCAUGUUUUUAAAGAGAAGUAUGACUCUCUUGCCGAAUUCAAAUGCACUUUCAUUUGUGGUAUUGUAAUAAUGCUACAUAUUAACUUUUUUUUUUU